CUAACCUAUAUUUUCCCGGCUCGUGCUCCCUUCACCAUCAGCGUAAUAGAGAGAGAGAGAGGGUUUUGGUUUUCAGCGUCUGCAACCGCCCCCGAUCGAUCAUGGCCGAAAGAAGCAAUGCCGAAUCUCGCCACAUCCUCUCCGUAAGCCCGCCCAAUCAGAUCCCCAAAGACAUGCAAGGAUCUGAUAAUUCCAUUCCUCUUUCGCCCCAGUGGCUUCAGUCGAAGCCUGGGGAAAACAAGCAUGGAAUGGUAUCUGGGGAACCUCAUUUCAGCUCUAAUCCAGGUUAUGCCAGUCGCGCAGAUGCUGUGAAAGCAUCAGGAAAUGGUGAGGAUGUCCAUGAUACUCAAAAGAAAAGGGACAUAUUCAGGCCAUCCUUGUCCUUGCAUGAUGCAGAAGGCGGACGCCGUGAUCGUUGGCGUGAUGAAGAAAGAGAUACCAAUUCUGCCAUUCGAAGGGAUCGCUGGAGGGAGGGAGAUAAGGAGCAUGGUGAUGCUCGCAAGAUGGAACGGUGGAUGGACAACUCUACGAGACAUGCUGGUGAUGGACGCCGUGUUCCAUCUGAGCGUUGGACUGAGUCAAGUAACAAGGAAAGUAAUUAUGAUCAACGCCGUGAGAGCAAGUGGAACACACGUUGGGGACCAGAUGAUAAGGAGCCAGAAACAUGGCGUGAGAAGUGGUUGGAUUCUGGCAGAGAUGGUGAGGGGCCUCGUGAUAAAGGGAUGGCUCCUCUAAUUAAUCAUGGCAAGGACAUGGAAAGGGAGGGGGACCAUUAUUCCAAGUCAUGGCGGUCUAACCCUUCUCAAAGUCGUGGAAGGGGAGAAGCUCCUCAUCACCAAACUCCAACACCGGUGAACAAACAAGUCCCCAUGUUUGGCUAUGGUAGAGGGCGAGGGGAAAAUGCAUCUUCAACUUUUUCUGCUGGUCGUGGAAGGUUCAGCUCUAGUGGAAAUGCUGUGAAUAACAGUUCUUCUCAUCCUUCCUUAGGUGGCAGUUCAGACAAAUCUGAAGGUGCCCAUGGGGAUCCCUCUAAUUUAAGAUACAGUAGGAAUAAAUUGCUUGACAUAUACAGGAUGACUGAUGUGAGAACACAUCAAAGGCCGUUAGAUGGGUUUAUAGAAGUUCCUUCUCUCACAGAGGCAGAACCAUUAGAACCUCUGGCACUGUCUACACCUACGCCUGAGGAAUUGGAUAUUUUGAAGGGAAUUGACAAAGGUGACAUUGUUAGCAGUGGUGCGCCUCAGGUUUCCAAAGAUGGUUCUGUUGCACGGAACUCUACAGAUGCCACCCAGCUGAGACGAACCAAACUUGCAGCAGGUAGAGAAGAUUUACCAUCUGGAAUGGAUGAUUACAAAGAUGAGAGUAAUGACAAUUUAAAAGGUGACUACUUCAAUUAUUCUGAGACUGCAUCACAUGAAAAAGACAUGCAUUCGUAUGGGCACGAUUUGAAGGGGGAAGCAGUUCAGAACAGUCGGUCAUUCCAAGAUAACAAACUUAACACUGAAGCUUCCAGGACAGAAGGUACUCCCUAUAAGAAGGCUGAUGAAGCAGUGGCCAGUAGAGAAGUGCGCAUGCAGGAAACUUCUCCACGUCCAGGUAUUCCAUGGAGAUCUCCGUCGAUGGGUGAACGCUUGCGUGGAUCUUCAAUUGAUUGGCAAGAAAAUUCCGCUGAAGUGAGAUCAAGAACCUCUGAUGGUUGGCCACAUUCAAAGAAGGAUCAGGUUGCGGGGGACAAGAAUGUGGCUAUUUCCUCAUCUUACUACAAAGACGAACCGAACUGGCAUAUUGGUGAAGGUUUUCACCCAGACCUCAGCCGGGCUUCCGAUAUGAAGAGGCAGUCUUCGGACAUCUUUGAUAGGGAAAGGGAAGCCAGUGCCAUACAAGGUCGGGGAGAUGCUAAAAAAGUUUUUCCACAGCCUUCUCCAGAGGACCUGUACCUAUACUAUAAAGAUCCACAAGGUGACAUUCAAGGUCCAUUUUAUGGCAGUGAUCUGAUUGGAUGGUUCGAGGCUGGAUAUUUUGGUAUAGACUUGCAAGUUCGUGUUGCAAAUGCUUCUUCCGAAGCUCCUUUCUCAUCUCUUGGGGAUGUUAUGCCACACUUGCGAAUGAAAGCAAGACCACCACCUGGCUUUGGCGCACCGAAACCAAGUGACCCUGUGGAGGCAUCAAGUAGGGCAAAUUUCAGCAGCCUUGGAAAGCUUCACCCUGGCUUAAGCAGCGCCGAGCUUAUAAAGAAUGAGAGGAAUAGAAAUGAGUCUACAACUGAAGCUGAGAAUAGGUUUCUGGAGUCAUUGAUGUCUGGAAAUAUGAGCACUUCCCCAUCAGACACUUUCUUGUCCACAGAAGGUAUGCAAGGGUAUGUGAGGAAUGGUUCUCGUGGAUUGCCCUCGGUGGGAUUAGAAAGUGGGAGUGACCUAAAUUAUCUCUUGGCCCAAAAGAUGUCGUUAGAGCAGCAGAGAUCUCUACCAAAUCCUCUUCCAUAUUGGCCUGGCAGAGACACAGCACCUAUGGUACCAAAGGUGGAAAUUGUCCCAGACUCUCCGACGCCACAUUCGAGGCUUCUGCAGCCAAUGGCAGAAAGUGCCCAUCAAUUCUCUCAUUCUCCUCAGCAUGUGGAUAUGAGGUCGAGGUCUAUCCUGCAAGCCAUAGCAGAUAAGUCUUCUUCCCCUGCUGUCAAUAAUGGAGGUGCCCCUUGGUCGAAUUUCCCCGAUGUUAGAUCUCUGAGUAACACCAUUCAGGGUGGCAUGGAUGUUGUUCAAGAUAAGAUGGAUGCGCAUCACAAUCAACAUUUCGUUCCCCCAGGUGGGUACGGAAUUCAACAGCAGAGGUUGCAACCUCAACAUCCACCAUCGAUACCUCAUAUUAUUAACCCAUCUGUUGAUCAUCCCUCCGGUAUUGUAUCGCCAGAGAAGUUACUUUCAUCUGGGAUUCCUCAAGAUCCAGAAGUGUUAAACAUUUUGCAACAGCAAUAUUUGCUAUCCCAACUCCAGUUGCAUCCUCAGGCAUCCGUUCCCACCCAACUCACACUUCUGGAUAAACUCUUAUUGCUUCAGCGGCAACAGAAACAAGAGCAACAGCAGAUGUUGCUGCAGCAGCAACAACAUUUGCUUUCACAGGUUUUAUCCGAACAUCAGCCUCGUCAACAUUUUGUCGAACCAUCAUUCGGACAUCUACAGGCUGCUGUGACAGCGGGGAGUGCAUCUCUUGACCAUCUUGGGCUUCGGCAACCUCAAGAGCCAUUUCACAUUAGUUCUCAGAUGUCACAGAAUAUUCCCUUGUCACAUGACAAUCGUGUCCAUGACCCAGUCCAUAAUUUACAAGAUGACCCGAGGCCUAGCUUUGCAAAUUUGUCUUCAGAAGCUUCCCAGGAAGUUGGCUACAGUGUUACUUCUGAAUCCUUGGAUAUACACUUGCCACACCACAUUUUUGAAAAUACUGCGCAUUCAAAGAGUUGGGCUUUGCCACAACAAGUGGAAGAUACUGAUAAUUUGCACAUUCCAGCAAUGACCGAUACAUCACCUUCAUGUGAGGUAUUGAAGAAGCCUUCGAGUGAACCUUCUGUUCUAGAGAAACAUGUCCACAUUCCAGAAGAAGCUACAGUUCAAGAACGUAUGCCACAAAAUGCUGCAGAUGUUAGUGAAACUGCUGCCUUUUGCAACACCAACGCUGAAGCCAUGCCUUGUUUUGUACCUCCAGGGGAAGGUCCCGCAAAGUCUGUUUCUGCAUCUUCUGCUGUGACUGGCAAGAAUGACAUAACGAUUUCUGAAAAAGCUUCUGAUAAGAAGGUGCCUUCAGGAGGUAUCAUUGAAGAAUCACAAGUGCAAAGAGAACAAUAUGAUGCUGAGCCUAUGGUUAAAGAAGUGAAAAAUGCGGAGGUAAAGAAAGCUUCAGAGAAGAAGUCCAGAAAGCAAAAGAAUUCAAAGUCACAGUCCUCUUCAGACCAGGGUAAAGGUGCGUCUAAGGCAAUUCCUUGCCAGCAGUUGAAACAAGAUUUGGAAGCUGAGGGAACAAAUGCUGGGGGCACAAAAUCUGAGACUAAUGUAGAAGCAGAUGAAAUGCUUUAUCGGACAUCUUCUGUGAAAUCAAGAGACAGUAAAACUGGUAUAACUGUUGCAGAAGCUGCUACUUCUCUAAUGGAAGUUGAAGCUGGUGAAGACAAGGCUGAUUCAAGAGAAGUUGAUUCUGGAUCACUGCAAAACUCCCAGGCACCUUCAAUUCAUCGGGCUUGGAAACCUGCUCCUGGGUUUAAACCAAAGUCACUCUUAGAAAUUCAACAGGAGGAGCAGAGAAGGGCACAGGCUGAAACAGCAAUUCCAGAAAUUGCCCCAUUGGCUAAUUCUGUGAGUUCUUCAUCAAUAGCUCCUUGGGCGGGAGUUGUCGCCACUUCGGAGCCUAAAACCACCAAAGAUAUUAAUCAAGAUGCAAGGAAUGCACAGUUCAUCACGAGGAACUCUGAAAAUACUAGUCAGAGGAGCAAGAAGAGCGAGUUACAUGACCUAUUGGCAGAAGAAGUUCUAGCAAAGGCAAAUGAAAGAGAUACAGAGGUUCCUAUAAUCACUGACAAGGGUUUUUCUCUUCCCCCAUCAGCAGUUACAACUACUCAGGUGGAUGUUCCAGCUGACGAUGAUGAUAAUUUUGUUGAGGCUAAAGACACUAAGAAGAACCGUAAGAAGGCAGCCAAAGGUAAGGGUGCAGGAGUCAAGGCCUCACCACCAGUUUCUUCGGUUGACCUGUCAUCUUCAUCUGUUCCAAUCGAGAAGGGCAAGAGUUCUCGUCAGAUGCAGGUGGAGAAGGAAGUAUUGCCUGUUCCACCGUCCGGUCCUUCUUUAGGUGAUUUUGUCCUUUGGAAGGGGGACCAAACGAAUACUGUUCCUGCUCCGGCAUGGUCCACAGAUUCAGGGAAGUAUCCCAAACCCGCAUCAUUAAGGGAUAUCCAGAAAGAACAGGAGAAAAGGAUGUCUGUCCAGCACCAAACCCCAUUGCCAACUCCCCCCAAAGUCCAGCCAAAUCGUGCUGCCCGUGGAAGUGGUUCUUCAUGGCAGCAAUCUGGGACAUCACCAUCCAAGGCCGCAUCACCAAUCCAAAUCAGUUCACAUGCUUCUGCUCAUUCAAAAUCCAAGACAGAAGAUGAUCUGUUUUGGGGUCCUCUUGAGCAAUCAAAACAAGAAGCCAAGCACAGGCCAGAUUUCCCAUCCCUUGCAAAUCCUAGCAGUUGGGGGUCGAAAGGCACCCCUGCAAAAGGAACAUCUAGUGGGUCAUUGAGUCGACAGAAAUCCUCUAGCGGUAGGCUCCCUGAGCACUUUCUUUCAUCCUUUAAAGGGAAAAGAGAUGCCAUGACUAAACAUACAGAGGCCAUGGACUUCAGAGAUUGGUGCGAGAGCGAGUCAGUUAGGCUUACAGGGAUGAAGGAUACAAGUAUCCUGGAAUUCUGCUUGAAGCAAUCAACUUCGGAAGCCCAAACACUUCUGAUAGAAAAUCUCGGCUCGUUCGAUCCCAACCACGAGUUCAUCGACAAGUUCCUCAAUUACAAAGAGUUGUUGUCGGCGGAUGUGAUCGACAUAGCCUUCCAAGCUCGGAAUGACAGGCGGCUAACAGGGUUUGGCAUUGAGGAUGUAAAUAUUGACAGGACAGGAGGCGGGGAUUUUGACCCUGAUGCAGCGGCAAACCUGGAUGGAACCGCCAAGGGAGGCGGGAAGAAGAAGGGAAAGAAGGGGAAGAAGGUGAGUCCAGCGGUUUUAGGGUUUAACGUUGUCAGUAACCGCAUUAUGAUGGGUGAAAUCCAGAACCUCGAAGAUUAGGAGGCAGGGUACAUACAUUUAUCUGAUAGUCUGUAAAUGUCCUUUAUUGUAUACCUUUUCUGCCCCUCUAUAGAGAACAGCAGUAGCACAGUACUGAGUUAUAUCAGCUCAAGCGGUUUUGUGGAAGUACUUUUUGAAUGAUAGGUCACUUGUGAUCUCGUUUAUUUAUAGAAAAGCCCAAGAUUAAAUUCCAGGGAAUUGGUAACCA